AUGAAGCUGCUGCUUUUGUUGUCGUUUAUCAUUCUAGUCUCUGAGAGUCUCGUCGCGGAAAAAACAACCGACGGCAAUGAUGUAUCAUCACAAGUGACCACUGUUUUUCAAGCUCAACCGAGUGCUCAGGAAUUCAUAGGAGAAAAAAAAUUAUUAAGAAAAAGAAGCUACGAUCUGCUUUCCUUGCCCUACAUACGCACUUACGCUCCCGUGUUGCCGUGGUAUCGAGGCGGAUUGAGUAGCUACGGAUUGUAUGGCAAUGGUUGGUAUCCGUCGGGCUGGCCGUUGUCAUACGGUGGUUGGCACAGUGAUUGGUAUAAAGGAUGUUCAGGCCCUCAGUUCAGCAGCCCGGUGCCAUCCACGUGCGAUCUAGUCGAGAUCAGAGAUCAAACUCUCAAGAAAAGCAAUGACGAGAAUGGGAGCAGGUUCCACUGA